UAAAGGAUGUCCCUAAGCAGAGCUCCGGCCAGGGACACCUCUGAGACCCCCAGCCCGAGAGAACGUAUCCGCAGCCACAUGAAGAUGGUGAUCAGCCAGCUGGAAGGUAUCCUCAUAGAGCUCAAGGAUGUGGCCAAGGAACUCCGGGAGGUGGUGGGUCAGAUUGAUAAACUAACGUCCGACUUUGACUUUGACCUGGAGCCAGAUGACUGGACGGUGGCCACAGCCAGCAGCACGUCCAGCAGCGAGCGGGGUUUGGGAGAGGCCUUCAGACUGGACUUCCUCAAUGCAGAUGUGCUUUCUGAUAGUUGGGAGUUCUGCAGCUACCUGGAGGCAGCUGGUGCCGCCGCCCGCAGAUCUGGUGAGCAACCAGGAGAUCUGCGACCAGAGCUGGGUCGUGGGACCAUCCCCACCCAGACGCAGACCCCCACCCCACCCCCCACCACUGCCUCGGUCUACUCUCAGAUGAAUGGCGGGCUCCCCAUCCCUAAUGGGCCCCGCAUUAUUACUCCAGAUUCAUCCAGCGAGGAGGCCAGCAGCUCCACGCACAGCCACAAGACUUCCCGUACCUCUGGCACAAGAGAAAGAGUUCGCUUCAGUGACAAAAUUCUGUAUCAUGCACUGUGCUGUGAUGAUGAUGAGGAGGAGGAGGAGCAAGAGGAAUUACAGGAGGACAAGAGUGGCUGUGCUACACCAGAUAGCGAUAGUGAACCCAGUCUCCUGACAAGCUCAGUCACCCCCAAACGUUCUUCCUCUGAGCACUCACUCCUCCAUAACUGUCUGGAUCCUUCCUAUGUCUCCUCACCAGUGAAGGGGAUGACGGGAGCUCACACACUACCCAGGAAAGGUCUCUUAAACCCAGGCUGCCGCAAAAAACUGUUACGAAAUAGCAGCACACAAACUGUCUCUGACAAGAGCACCCAAACUGUACUGCCCUAUAUUCCAACCAAACAGAAAACAAAGGACCACUGAGAAAGCCCUAAGUUUAUCAUAAAUCUCAUGAAGAGGACUGUGCAUUAUUUAAUAUUAAAUACAUAGCUCAUAGAUUAAUACACAAAUAAAUUAAUUACUAAAUAAAUAAAUGGUAUAUGGGAAAUCACUCGACUACCUAAAGUUAUUCUGAGGCUCAGGGACAACACAAUGAAAUGAAGCAAAGCCGACCAUUCAGAUGAAAGUUUCUGGUGGACCAAAAGGUUAGU